AUGGCGGCCAAUGACAACUACCAUCCAAAUGGUCGCAAUCGUGCUAAGAAGGGAGGUAAAUAUGAUGUUGAUGCGCUAACCACUUUGACUAAUACUGUGCAGGCACUAUCUCACAAAAAAGAGCUACAAGAUCAUCCUUUGAAGGAGCCAUCAAAAAGAACCGUGAAAGAGACGGUCCAAACUGAGAAAGUGGUAGAGAAUGAGAUUGUCGAAGAAGAGAAGAAGGAACCUACUCCUACCCCUAUUCGGCCUUACACGCCACCAGUUCCAUUCCCACAAAGGUUGGCCCGUGCAAAAUUAGAGAAGAAAUAUGGGAAGUUCCUUGAUAUACUGAAGAAGCUGCACAUAAACAUACCAUUCUUGGAGGCUAUCUCUGAGAUGCCAUCUUAUGCAAAAUUUCUAAAGACAUACUCUCAAACAAGCGGAAGAUCGAGGAAAAUGCAACUGUUUCACUUACAGCAGAAUGCACUUUGUGAUCUUGGGGCAAGUGUUAGUCUAAUGCCUUUGUCAAUCUGCAAGAAGCUUCAAUGGGUGAACCAAAACCACACGUAUUUCCUACAAUUAGCAGAUAGAACUGUAAAGUAUCCACUUGGUAUCCUUGAAGAUGUUCCCCUCCGUGUUGGGAAGUUUUUCAUUCCAUGUGACUUUGUAGUAAUGGAGAUGGAGGAAGAUGCGCAGGUCCCUAUCAUUCUUGGGAGACCUUUCCUGGCCACUGCUGGAGCCAUCAUUGACAUGAAGAAUGGAAAGAUUACCUUUGAAGUGGGUACUGAGAAGAUGGAGUACAAUCUCACAAACUCCAUGGAAGCUCCUUCUAUGGGAGAGACUAUCUAUAGAGUGGAUGCUCUAGAUGAGGCGAUAGAGGUAAAAGCUGCUAGUCUACACUUAUGA